CGUUGGAAUUCUCGCGACAUUUCUCGGUUGGCGGUUUUGGCUGCUGAUGGGCGAGUGCACGUGACCGGAGCAUCGUCCACCAACUGUUGACCUUUGUUACUUUUCUGUAUUGGGCAAUGUCUUUAGAAACGGGACGGAUGUGAUGAUUUUGAAUUCGAACUCUAUAUUGAUGUGAACAUGUGAGAAAGGAAGCAGGAAUUUUCGUUGAAAUGCCCGGAUAUGGAAAACGGCCGAGGGUGGGAUUCAGGCAGUCUCAGUCCCAGCCACGAAGCCCUCUACAAGCCAAGAACACAUCACGAGAUACUGCGGACCUCCUCCCUUAUGAGAGGCUAAAAUUCAUUCUCGUAGUACCAUCAGCCUUGUCUCAACCAUGCAGUUCCCAGUGGCAAGCUUGCCUCCAUCCACUUCCCCAGACCUGCAUCUGACCCAUCCCACGCCAGCCGAAUGCCAGCACAUCUGGACCCUUAUCCACCCUGCAUGGGGUGACUCCUUGGAUCUCCCUCAGUUCCUAGCCGAAUCGGAACAUCUGCUUACUGUGCCACUUGCUCGCGAUGGAGGCAUGACGCUUUGGAUCCUUGUCGACAAAACCCUGCCUCCUGAUGAGCGGCCGAUCUUAGCGUCUUGUGAGACGUUCAAGAAAAAGGGGUUGCUUUCACGUGAGGGUGCUGUGACGGAUGGAGUACAGGAUGUUGUGAUACAUGGGAUCGCAAGCGUAUUUUGUGAUCCGGCGUACAGGGGACGUGGGUAUGCGCAGAGAAUGAUGCAGGAGUUGGGGGAUGUGUUGAAGACGUGGCAAGUUGCCGAAGGAGAGACAUGUGUGGGCAGUGUCCUGUAUUCGGACAUUGGGAAAGAGUACUAUUCGAAGCUGGGAUGGGAACCAGUGGGUCAGAACUGUCAUUUGGAGUUUCCGGCGAAGAAGCAAGAUGGAGCGAAGUCUGAGAAAGAGUGCGUUAUUUUGGAUGCAGGUUUGGGGGAUCUGUGUAAGAGAGACGAAGAGUUGACUCGCCAAAGGCUGAAGGAAAGUGGAACGUCUUCCCUGAUGGUUGUCCCGGAUCAAGAUCAUAUGCGUUGGCAUCAUGGAAAAGAGGAUUUCGUGUGUGGAAGAGUGUUAGAUAAGGAAUGUCCAUUCAAAGGUGUCUUGGUUGGAAAGUGGGAGGGUGAUGAGCGAGUUUGGGCUAUUUGGACGAGGCGAUUCUAUGGGAACCAAGAGACGGCGAGGAGGGAGAAUACACUGUACAUUCUCCGCUUGGUUUUCGAAAAGGAGGGAGCAGCCCAGCAGAACUUCACAGAGCUCCGAGAAUCACUGAAAGUCAUCAUCGAAGCUGCUCAGGCCGAAGCGGAGUACUGGGGCUUGGGGACUGUGAAGCUGUGGGAUCCGUCACCUCUUGUCAUCCACUUGAUGCAAGGCAUUGAUGUGGAGUAUAAGCUGGUUGAGAGAGAGGAGGAUGGCAUCGCAAGUCUGAUGUGGUAUGGAGAUGGAGACGUGCCGCAUUGGGUUGCAAAUCAGAAAUAUGCUUGGCUGUGACACUUCAUGGUCUCGCAGCUGUCCACAUCUCGCACAAAUCACUUCUCGAUGCGAGGAUUAACUUGCACCCGAGCACUCUGCGUUAUCUCAUGGUGAGUCCUAUACUUUUUUUUGACUCCUGGGCAGCACUUUCCACAUGGGAUGUUGUGCUUGUGUGGCUGCUAUUCAUUGCGACACGGGUUUUCAUGAUAGCACCUGCCUUGAUCAUGCUGGUCAUUUUGUUUCGUUUAACGAUUGUCAAUUAUAUUGUUGCCUUUUUGAAUUGGCAGUAACUACCUACUGCUACCCUAUCCAUGCCUAUCAUUAGCUAGGUACCUUCUCGCCUUGUCUACGCUCGUGCAUACCUCUUUCUUCUCUACAGCUCUACCUUUGUAGAGCAUCGCAAAUGUCGUACAUGCUCUUUUGAUCACCUGACUAAAUCCCAACGAGUUCGUCAUGUCGUUACGUUAGGAAAUUAUCUGGUGGCCAUCUACGAUUCCAGACCUUUUCUGUUUGGCGCUGGCUAGGACUAGCUGAGGUCAUCACUCUACCUUUUCUCCAGAGUCCUCUAGACUGACUUUCCCGCAUCCAUAUUCCCACGUUCUCCAGCUGGAGAUUUUGUAUGUUGGAAGUCCCCACAAUGUAUCAUGAGCUAGUAUUUUACUUCUCAUCUUAGGGGCAUCGACUCGCACAUCGUCCCCAAUCCUCCGCAGAAAGAGUCUGGGACCGGUUCACUUUAGUUCGCAGAGGCAGUCACGAGAGCAACAAAAAUGAAGGUAAAGAUCUUUAGCCAGUACCCUCAGUUUCUACUACUUUAGUGCUUCGCACACUUCAUGUGAGCAUAAGAACACAAAUCUCCCCCAAAGAGCCAAAGAAAUUUCUCUCAUCCUUUUUCUUCCGUCCUUACACCGUCCUACUUAUUAUAUCAAUUCUUUUCUUUUGACAACACACGAUGUCUCAAGAACAAGGCCCAUCGACUGCUCAUGUUGUGGCUGACGACAAUGUUGCCAACACCACAGCCAAUGAUGCUGUCGCCACUGAUUCAGCAAGUGACGGCGCCAGCACACCAAGUGAGGCAUCCAAGUCUUCACCCUUACCCUCACCCUCACCCCCGAACGAUGCUUCAUGCGCGCCAGC